UCGUGUUUAUAUCGAUAGCAAAUCGGCGGAUACGAAUACAUAUAUACACGACUCUUCCGCGGCCGAGUGCGAAUGUGAAAGAGAGAGAGAGAGGUGCUUAUAUACCAAUUUGGAUGCGUGUGUCGGUCGCACGCCUGCCUAGUUUACUUACUAUUUAUUAUAAUAAAUCGUCUAUUUAACCGUCGGCAUCCCUACAAAACAUACCUCGUCUAGUUUCCUUUCGCAAAGUUACCUGUGCAAAGUGCUAAAUACAAUAACAUUUAUAACCACGAUGUAUCAGUGAGUGAUUGUGUACCUGUCUAUUGCGUACUUGGCUUUUUUGAAUUUGCUCAAAACAAGUAAUCGAACGUCAUUACGGCGACUGUCCUGUACUGCGUGUGUAACAAGUAUACACACAUAUGUAUAUAUAUGGUCACAGUGUAAUACGCAACACACCUAGGCGCAUGCGUUCUCUUCAUUGGUGAUUGGUGGUGGUGGUAGUUUGUCUACUGCUGCAUAGUAUCUCUGUCUCUCUUGCACUUGAGACAAGAGUGUAUAUACAACAGCAGCUCAACUCCUGCUCUGUUGAUAGUCGUUGUAGAUACCUAGUUCCUUUUCUUUUUGUGACUCUUUUCUCUUUUUUGCUACUAGUCCGGUGUAUUUAAGACAUUUUACAAGUUAAUACACAUAAGUUGUACCCGAAUGUAUAAUUCCAAUAUGUAGUGAAUUUAUAAGGUGUAACCGGACAAAACUCGUGCGCGCCGCAUCUCUUUCACAGCUGCGGAUCGUGCUGUAUACGUAUAUAGUUAAUUAAUAGAGAAAUAUACUCAUAGUGCGUGUGUAUGUGUGGUUAAAUGUGCCCAUCUGUAAAUCUGUAUCCAAACCUAGCCCUAACUGAUUAGUGUUAUAAGUGUUGCAAGUGGUGCGAUGUGAUGUGCGCGACGAGCGGCGAGGCUUUCACGCACCAGUAGUGUGCCAGUGAUGUUAUAUAGUUAUAUAGUGUACCCCCCCCCGCUCACCGUUAGCCCGUAGUUUAUACGAGAAACACGAAAAUUAACGUAAUAACGAGUGUAUGAUGCUUACCAGUGAGUAGUUAUCAGUGAGUGUUUAUUUUCGCGGUAUACUCCUGGUGAUUUGAUUGACCUCAUCGAAAACGAGGUACAAAAAGAGGGUAUCCAAUAGGAGGUACAUACACACGUAUGUAUAUAUUUACACAAGUGUGCAAUUUCAAGUGAUAUAGAUACCUAUACACAGGCAUCGGAGAGAAAACAAGGUUGUUGUUGUAAUUGUUCUUGUUUAGUUAACAGUUGUGUGUGUGUGUGUGUGAAGAGAACCAGAAGUGUCACCGUAGGGGUGAAAAGUGAGGAAAAAGAUAACCUGCUGAAGAGAGAGAGAGAAAGCUCAAAGCGAGUCUGACGGCGGAACGCAAAAACGCACGAAGGUACCCCUUGGCACACUCGCACGGCAACCAAAAGACUGAGCGCGACACGGCACCAACGUAUCCUCCGUUGUUGGAAACAAAAAGACCGUCAAGGCUUCCUCUUUCUCCGCGUUCGUCUCUCCGUCUGAUCGAGAGCAGUGGCGGUUUCCCGGGCGCCGGACUACCCAAGUGAAUGGGAGGACGACGAGGAGGGCCGUGUUUGAUGGUAACUGCAGCGAGUUUCGGCUUGGUUAAUGUGCGCGAGGAAAAAGUCAGCUGCCACCACCGCCGCUGGACAUUGGUCGUUGCGGCUACAUCGUCGUGAAAUCGUGGAGGACGGGGUUUUCGUUGCAACAACACCGGGAGGAAGUUGAUUUUGAAAGGACGAGCGAGAAAGGUGGUGGAGGGGACCCGAGGACAAAAUGCCGCCCUCCGGUGGUGGUGGAGGUGGCUACUAUGACGACAGGAAUCCACUACUCAAGGGCACGCUAUCCAGCGUGGACAGGGACCGGUUACGGGAGCGCGAACGACAAGCCCGCGUGGCCAUGUCGGUCCAAGCUCAGCAGGCCGCGGUCCUGGCGGACCCGGACACCAGUCACGGCCACCACCAUCAUAGCCAUCACAACCUCGGCCGACAGAUCGGGCCAGAUCUCGCGAUCGAGUCGCUCUUCCGCGCCCCAGUCAGGGUGAACCCAGACGCGCACGACCGCACUACCCAGCAGAUCCAAUCGAAGCUGGGCAACUACUCGAUGGUCAAGCAUCUGCUCGAGGAGCCCCGCCGGCUGUACGGAAUCGACCAGCACGGAGUCCCGCCCUCGCCUGUCUCGGCUUCCUCGGGCAGACUCAACGCGUCCUCCGCCCAUAACACCCCGUCGAGUCUCAGGCUGAACUCCUCGACGAACCGCAACUCGCCGUCCUCGCAAGAGUUCAAGAAACCCGGUGGUCCCCGCUCCUCGACCGCCGCCCCACCCCCGCCCUCGUCUUCCGUGACGUCAUCGUCUUCGACGUCGUCGACGACCCUGUCGUCCCACCAGCACCGAGGCGGCUUCGCCAAGCCUCCGGACGGCAAGCCUCCCCACGGCGGCCGGGUCGGCUAUCCCGGUCAGCCCGCCAAGCACGGCGAGCACCGCGGCCACGGCGCCAUGCCCCCCAAGGGCCCACCGCCGCCCCCACCCUCGUCGGCGCUGGCCCCCUCGACUUCUUUGGGCCCUCAAGGAAUGCCAGUGAUCGCCGGCGCGGUCCAGCAGCAGCCCGGAAUCCCAGGGCACGGCUCGCAGGGCAGACUGCAGCAUACCGCCAGCGUUAGGCUGCCCAAGCUGCCCAUCGAUACGGGAUCGAGCUCGAGGCACAUGAGCAGUAGUAGCACGCCAGAGGUGGAGACGAUUUUCAAGGAAAUGGGCAUGCCACCGACGCCGUUGACCGCCAUCGCCCAGACGCCCCGAAAAGAGUUCCCCGAGCCGAAGUUCAGCUUCAAUCAAGUUUACACCAAGCUGGCUCAAGCACCGUCCCAGGAUAUCACGAAGCCUCAACGUGAAAGGCACCAAAAUCGCAGGCUGUCUGCCGAUCUGGAGCGAGACUUGAGUCUAUCGGAGGACAGCGAAGACGAUGAAGCUCCAAAGACGGUACCUUCAAGGCCAGUGAGAGAUGGAAGGAGCCCCAUGUCAGCCGAUUUAUCGGCGCCGCUGAUCCCGAAGAUGACUACGGCGCCGCUGAUCCCGAAGGUGACUACGGCGCCGCUGAUCCCGAAGAUGACUACGGCGCCGCUCCCCAUGGUCCCGAUGUCCCCGAUGGCCAUGUCGCCCAUGGGCCCAAUGUCCCCGGCGAACGCACGGGGUCCCUCGCAACAGCAAGCACAGUCGAGCCUCGCGGCCAAACCGAGCCCGAAGCCGGCCGCCCCGACCCAGCCGAGGCACGCGGCCGAUAGUCCCGUCGACGCCAGCAAUAACCAGACGCACCAAAGACCGCCGAGCCCACCUGGCGAGGCGCCCGCUAGCUCGGGCAGCGCGAGCUCGUCCUCCGACUCGGGCUCGGACUCCGGCUCGGACUCGACCGACGACGACAGCGACGGGGAGGUGAGCGAGCCGUGCCAGAGCAGCGAUCGGGCAGCGACGGCCACAACCGGUAACAACAACGCGUCGAGCAAGGGCCCGACUACGCCCCCGGUUGUGGUGGGGUCGCCGGGCGGGGCGCCGGUCGAGGAGCUGCCGCCCGCGGUCGAGGAGUCCAAGCCCAGGUGGAACUUGGGCUCGUUCCUGGUUAAGGCUGAGCCGCAGAACGGCGACGGUGGCAAGUCGGUGAGCGCCGGGGGUACCGGGGGCGCUGGCAAUAACGGCAAGAAGAAGGAGGAGGUCGCGAGGCGCGAGGAGGCGCCGGUCGUGGAGCCGGAGAGGCGCUCCUCGAGGCACUCGGAGACCAAGGAGUGGAGGCUGAGCAGUAGCCUCAGCGAGAGCGAACAGCCGAGCAGCGAGGCCGAGGCCAAGACGCCUAGCAACGAGCAACAACAACAGCAGCAGCAGCAGCAGCAGCAACCGUCGUCCUCGUCCAGGCCACAGGCGAAGCAGCAGGACAAACCAAAGCCCGUGGAUGUGCGAAAACGGGGUAGGCCGCGCAAAACGGACAAUAACCCGAAAGCCGCUCCGGCCGUAGUCCAGUCCCAGUCCGUAGUCACUAGCAACGCCGAGGAGUCGACCAAGUUGGCGGCAACGAAGCGCAGUAGGAAGCGCACGAACCAGGGCAGCAGUCCCUCUGCCCGGCGUAACAAGAAGCCACCACCGCCCUCGAAACCUAUUCUGACGACGACGACCAGCGAGGAGGAUAGUGACGGAGAUCGACGGGGCGCCGAUGGUGCCGGUGGAGUAAUCUACAGCGACUCGGACUCCGAGCCGGCAGGGAUCGCGCGUAGGCCCGUCGCGCCAUCGUCUCUGUCCCAGACUGGCGCCGCGUCUCCCGCAAACGGAGGAAAGAGGCACAAAAGGCCGAGAUUGGAGUUGUCGAGUAGCGGCGAGGAUAGUCAUGGACUCGAUAACGAGAAAGCCAUCGAUGAGAGGCAACAGCACAAGCGGGGUAAACGAUCGCGCGAGGAUGACGCGUGUUUGGGAAGGUUGCCACAGGCAAAGCGAAGUAGAAAGGUAAGCGAAUCGUCGAAGAAGGUCCAGGACAAGAAGAAGAGGACUACGAAAGUGAAGCCCAAAAGGCGAAGAUCGCGGGUUACUCGAGUCUCGGAGUGUCCCUCGGAGUCGGACAGUGAGUCAGAAAUUACCCAUAGGACCAACCGAAAGAUUGCUCGGGUGCAACCGAGGCCACGGCGACCGCCAACGCGCGCAACUUCGACCAACAACUCGGACAGUGAUAACGGUCCGGCCUCCGUUAAAGCUCAAAAAGAAACAGGUGGCGGUGGUAAGGGCGGUGUUGUCGCUCAGGACAACAAAAAGAGUGCCCUGCGCCGUCUCUUCGUCGAUUCUCGUGCCAAAGGAGGCAAGGGUGGUAAGGGCGGCAAAGGUGGCAAGGGUGGCGGCAAGUGUGGCAUCUACGUCGAGGAAUACACCGGGAACACGCCAACGCGCAGCGAGAGCCCGUACAAGCGCCGGCCGUCCCCGGCAGCUACCGCGCCGGCUGCCACAGUGGUCAGCAGUCAAGUCAGUCACGAAGACAAACAGCAGCAGCAGCAGCAGCUGCAGAAACCCCCCAAGCCGCAGCAGCAGCAGAAACCCCCCCAGCCGCAGCAGCAGCAACCGCCGCAGCCGCAGCAACAGGACCAAUUGCCCCCAUCCUCGAGCAGCACCCCCGUACUUCCCAUGACUGAUGAAAAUGUUACGCCAAGAAUGGUCUGCAAGAUAGAUCUGACUAAGCUGCCUUGCAUGUCCCUAGUGUCCAAGGGCCAAGAGAUGAGACAGAGAACCGAGAUGCCCAACACCAGGCCGUCCUCUAGGCAAAAAUCGAGCUCGAGUCAGAUUAAAAAGCAGAGACCCUCGACGCCUGAGGAGGGCGAGAUCGUCGAGUCGAUGCCAGGCUCCGGACGUGCCGAGAACAGCGACUCGAGCCCAAAUCCAAACAUCAAGAACAGCGGUAGCUCGAGCAACUCGAACGGUGGUAGGAAAGGUGCGAGCAGCAGUAGCAAGAGCAGUCGCUCGAUUAUGAUCAAGUCCAAGCCUAAGAACGUUAAGUCAAGUGACACGAAGUUGCUCGAGGGCAAGCCGAGAAACGAUGAUAUUAGCAACGGUGCUCGUAAAGCAUCAAAGAGGAAUCGCAAGGCAAGCAGCAGUUCGGUCUCGAGUCUAGACACGAGAGUCAAGAUCGAGAUCAAGGAUGAGAAGAAAAAGAAGAAGAGGAAACUCGAGGAGCUCGAAAACAUUAGGUUUUCGUCCAGUCAGAACGAUGUACUGCCGACGAAUCACGAGCGGGAAUCGAAUCCCGACAUGGGUCUGGCGCUGCAGCCUCUGCAACCUCAGCGUGUUUUCUAUUCAAAUUUUUACUCCCAGCCGAAUGAUUUGUCCGAAGACAUGUAUCAUGAGCAAUACCUGGCCGAAGCCAAGCGGUUAAAGCAUAGUGCAGACGAGGAGGCUGACGUUACGACGCAAUGUAUACUCUACCUCGAAGGUGCAAUUUAUUUUAUCCUCACAGGCCAGGCCAUGGAAUCUGCUCAUGCACACAUAUCUGCUGGAGCUGCCUUUCGCAUGUACAGAGAUACUCUUUCCAUUAUCAAAUUCAUUGCAACAAAAUUCAACCCGCACGAAAAUAAUUCAGCCGAAAGUGAGAUUCACACGAAGCUGCUUAUCUUUAGUUAUUGGUGCCAGGCAUUGAUAUACCAGAAAAUGUACUCCCUCAGAAAAACCGAAAUCAAAGAAAACUGGGGUACUCUAGGGAGAUACUUUGCUAAACAGGUGCAACUGAUACAGUCGGAGCCAAAUCAAGGUACUCCAUCGUUAUCGCCUACACCCUCGCCAGCUGGCUCUGUGGGCUCGGUUGGUAGUCAAAGCAGUGGUUAUAGUAGCGGCGAACUUGCCAAUCGCAGCUUAGCCAAUGGCCAGAUGCCGGUACCAAUUAAUACCCACACGUGUGCCAGUGUGCCUCUCCACACUUAUAAUCUCAUGCACAAGCUUCACGACGACAUGUUCAUGAUUUUAAGCGCGCAUGACAAGUGGGAGAAGGCCUGCUCCCUCGUCACCGAUAAACAUCGCGACUUUUUCAUCCAGUUGGACGAAACACUAGGUCCACUGUCGCCACGCAGUUCGCCCUCAGACCUUGCUCGCUACGUGACAGCCGGCAUAAAGAAACUGCGUUCCCUUUGACCAAAGUGGCAUAGCCCCCGGCCGCCCACGCCGAGCUACGUCAGCAUCUUACCGUACAACAUCGCCACUUAUCUAACGAUGUACUCGUAAGGUGUAUCAGCUCAGUUACAUAAGUUAGACUGUCUUUCGUGUACUUCGUUUCAUGUUAAUGUUCAUGUAUUCAUCAUCAGGACAAUUUCAAUUCGUUUUAAUAUUAUCAAAAAAGUGAGUGGUAGUACAGACAAUAAAAUCAGUACUUUAAAAAUCAUAGAGAUGAAAAAAAAAAAAAAAAAAGACAAAAAAAGAAAUGAAUAAAUAAAAUGAAGUAAUAGAAAAAUAAUAAACAAAAACAGAGAAGAGUAGUGAUGAUAAAAAAAAAAAAAAAAAA